CAAACCAUUCAUCAAUCUCAACUUCCUCAAAUCAUACCAGUUUCCUUCUCUACUCGGUUCUAUAUUUCUUCCUUUGACUUUAUUGUUCUUCCUUCGAUCUUGCUAUCAGUGUUAGCAAUCUGAUCUUUUCGUUUUCUUUUACAAUUACCAGAAAUUAGUGGAAAAAUAGAUUGAAAAGUAAGAAACAACCAUGGUUGGUCUAUUGGACAUUCCAGUGGCAGGAGUACUUGUGGACAAAGUAUCGGAAAUAGCCGGGCGUCCACUGUAUCCUCUGUUACAUUACAAUACUAUUGUUAGCGAUCUCGAUUCACAGAUUGAGCUACUUCGCAUUGAGGAGAAUAAGAUAGCGCAAAAGGCCAUCGAAGCAAGAUAUAAUGGGAAAAUUCUCUUUGAGCACGUAUUGACAUGGCAGCGAGAGGCUGAAGAAAUCUUGAAAAUUCAGUUUCUUCCAAUUCAUAAUCCAGUCUCCCGUUUUCGAAUGGGCAGGGAAGCCGUGCGGACUGUCAAGAAGGUGAUUGAAGUCACUAACCGCGGAAGAGAACUAGCCAGUAGCGAAAUUGCAUUUUUACCACCUGUCGACAGUACUAAAUUCCCAGAUUUUCAUUCGAGAAUAUAUGCUUACAAGAAGCUCUGGGAAAUGCUUACCAAUGACGGUAGUCCUCAGAUCUUGGGCAUCUAUGGAAUGCCAGGAGUUGGCAAAACUCAAAUGAUUCAGCAAAUUUCGGAAGAAGCCACCACGAAGGAGAUCUUUGACAAGGUCGUACGAGUAGAUGUGGGCAGCAGGAGGUUGGAUAUGUUUGAUCUACAAAACCAGAUGGCCUUGCAGCUAAAUUGCUCUUUAGAAUCCCAAAAUAAUACGGAAGACAGAGCUUCAGUGCUGAACUACAGUUUAAUUAGUGGGGGCAAGAUCCUUGUCAUAUUUGAUGAUGUAUGGAGGGAGAUUCCUUUACAUAUAUUUGGAAUUGAUGGUAGCUACAUGGAUUGUAAGAUCCUCUUCGCAUCUCGAGAGGAAAAUAUAUGUUUUCUUAACAACUGCCAGCAUCCUGUCAGUAUCACAACCCUCACAGAUGAUGAAGCACAGAAUCUGUUCACCAACACUGUUGGUAUUUCUCAAAUUGACUCUUUACAAGAUGAUUCCCUGGUUCAGAAAGUGUGUAAAGAAUGUGCAGGUCUGCCUCUCCUCAUUAUUGCUGUUGGUAAAGCUCUUCGAUUAAGGUCUCACAAUGUAUGGGAGGAUGCUCUUUUUCAACUUGAGAACGGCACAGUUGAAAGAAUUGCUGGAAUAGAUCCACACAUCUAUGCUUGUGUCAAAUUGAGUAUUGACAGAUUAGCGGACGAUGCCAAGUCAUGUCUUUUCCUAUGUUCCAUGUUUCCUAAAGAUGCUGCCAUUCAUACGAGGAAGCUGAUCCAGUUAGCAAUUAGCACAGAGCUGGUAGCUGAAGAGGAAUCUGGGGUAAGUUCUAUCAUUGAUACUCUCAGAUCAUCUUCUUUAUUGCUCGACUAUCAGGAAGGUCAUACAAUAAAACUGCAUGACUUUGUCAGAGACGUAGCUAGAUCCAUAGCUACCAGAGACCCGGAAUAUGCUUUUUUACUUGUAAGAUGUGGCUUGUGGUUGCCUGAUGAUGAUAAUUAUGGUAGUCGGAAAUUUAUGCAUAUUCAUCUAGAGGAGGGUGAUAUUUGUUUCCCUCAUAAUCUGGUAUGCCCAGACCUGCACACAUUGUGGUUACAAUGCUACAAGCACAUACAACAAUUUUCAGGCGGCUUCUUCAGUAUGUUUGCAAAUCUCAGAAUUUUAUUCAUCCAAGAAGGUAUAUUUUCUUCUUCGGAGGGUCAGAUCUCUCUUAAACCCUUGGAUAAACUUAGGACACUUAUUUUAGAUAAGUGUAACAUGACUUGCAUUCACCAGACUAAAGCUAGCUUUUUUCCGGAAAACCUAGAAACUCUUUGCAUUUGGGAUUGUCAUCUCCCAAGACCAAUGGAUUUACCAAACCAGAAAAAUCUUCUUAAGCUAGAAAUCAUUGGGAAAAAAGGUGAAGUGGUAUUUCUGCCAAACACCAUUUCUAGACUUUACAGUUUGGAAAAAUUGCAUAUACGAAAUGGAUUCCAAAUUUUGGAUGAUGUUUCUGCUUUUCCGGUGCCCAUACAAAUUUUGGAUGAUGUUUCUGCUUUUGCGGUGCCCAUAGUUCCCGAGAUUAGUAAAUUGACUCGUCUAAAAAGUUUACAGACAUUCCUCGAGGGCUCUGAGCAUUUCCGAGAUACAAAUAUACUUUGUAAGUUACUUGAGUUUAAUAUAUGUGUGGGCAAGCCAGCAGAACAUACUGGGAACUUGAAGAGAUCAAUUGUCUUGCACGGCGAUCAGCCAGAUGGUGUGGAAAGUCUGAUGGAGAGGGCGGAAGAAGUGGUACUGCAGACUACUACACAUGUUGAUAUGAGGAAAUUUUGGAAUAUUGACAGAGAAGCAUUUGCAGACUUGAGAAACCUGUACAUUGAUAAAUGUGACACCAUGAUGCAUCUAGCAAGUAUAUCACAAGACCAAAUUCAUAGUGGUCAACAACGGACAUCUUUUUCUGAACUUACCAUUUUAGAAAUCAAAAAUUGCUCUUCAAUAAAAUACCUCUUCAGCAAUUCUGUUGUAACAUGCCUUCAGCGACUGCAAGAGCUCUGCAUUGAUAAUUGUCCGGUGAUGGAAGUAAUAAUUGAUGAAGACACAGGUGAAGGAAAGAUCAUGAACUUUGAAAAAUUGACAUCAUUGAAGCUGGUCGGAUUACCCAAACUCAAAAGCUUCUGCAGGGACAAAUCUGAUCAAUUUCAGUCUCUAUUUCACACAACGGUUGCAUUCCCUUCCCUGGAAAAUUUGCAUAUCGAUGAUUUAAAAGAUAUAAGUGAAAUUUGGGCGAAGCAUAACUAUGAUGACAAUGUAUCCUCCUUCUCCAAACUAAAGAGCCUUAAGGUUUACGAUUGUCAUAAACUGAAGCUUGUGAUUCCCGUCCCCAUGUUGCCUAGGCUACAGCUUCUGGAAUACUUGAACAUAGCUUUUUGCAGGUCAGUGAUCUCUGAAGUUGGUACCUUCGGCAACACAGAGAUAUAUCCACUGCGAGCUUUGCGUUCUAUGGAUCUAGAAAGCAUGCAUUGUUUGACGGAGACAAAGUUGAACUCAAUGGAUUUUUACAAGGCAGAGACUUGGUAUCCGAAUCUCGAAAAUCUGAGAAUACGUGAUUGCAGUAGCUUGAGAAAUGUGUUCCAACCUCCUUGUGCCAAAAGUCUUGUGAAGUUGAAAAAAUUGUGCGUAAUUGGUUGCGAUAAUAUGACAGAGAUAAUUGGAGCAGGUAAACAAGAAAUCACUGAUGGAGUCGGCCUGUUACCAAGGAUGGCAGAGUUAAAGCUAGCUCAUUUGCCAAAUCUGACCAGCAUUUGGCAUCGCAAGGUUGAUUUCCCGGACUUGAAGGUUUUUGACGUGCUCGAUUGUGGGAAACUAACUUGGAAGCGAUAGAGCGCGCUAGAGAGGAUUCUUUUGCGGCUUUGCCUUAAGCAAGGUAAAAAAAAGAGUGGUGACAAGCAAGAUAUAUACAACUUCCAUGUUUCAUGUCAACUGGGACUAAAUAAUCUGAAAGGAUAGGCGCCAAAUAACAUCGUAGGUGGCAUGAACGGUAUUUUAAGGAUUCUGUGGGAUUACAUUGAGACACUGCUGUCUGCUGGUAGCAUGAUCUGGAAUCUCUAUGCUUCUACAGAGAAAUUAACAUGAGUUACUUUGUCGGUUAAUCGAGUUAUGGCAAUCAAGAUUUGAUACACCGUAGAAAAUGGUGGGACCCAUAUAUUUUUUAAUAAUAAAUUGAGACAGUGGAGGAAAGUUUUGGGUGUAAUAGUGUUUUUAUUAUUGUGGAAUAGAGGUAAUCGGAGAAUAUUGAGUGUAAUAGUGUUUUAUAUUAAAAAAUUAUUAUUUUGGAAAUGUAUAGAAAUGAUUUGAAAUCUCAA